CUUGUUACACAUCAGAGUAGUCACACAGGUGAGAAGCCAUUUUCCUGUUCUGAGUGUGGGAAAUGUUUCGCAUUUAAAUCAGUUCUUGUUAGACAUCAGAGAAGUCACACAGGUGAGAAGCCGUAUUCCUGUUCUGAGUGUGGGAAAUGUUUUGCAUUCAAAUCACAUUUUGUUAUUCAUCAGCAUACUCACACAGGUGAGAAGCCAUUUCCAUGUUCUGAGUGUGGGAAAUGUUUUGCACGGAAAUCAGAUCUUGUUAAACAUCAGAGAAGUCACACAGGUGAGAAGCCGUAUUCCUGUUCUGAGUGUGGGAAAUGUUUUACACAGAAAUCAGCUCUUGUUACACAUCAGAGUAGUCACACAGGUGAGAAGCCAUUUUCCUGUUCUGAGUGUAGGAAAUGUUUUCCACGGAAAUCAGCUCUUGUUGCACAUCAGAGAAGUCACUCAGGUGAGAAGCCGUUUUCCUGUUCUGAGUGUGGGAAAUGUUUCGCAUGUAAAUUAGUUCUUGUUAGACAUCAGGGACGUCACACAGGUGAGAAGCCGUUUUCCUGUUCUGAGUGUGGGAAAUGUUUUACACAGAAAUCAGCUCUUGUUACACAUCAGAGUAGUCACACAGGUGAGAAGCCAUUUUCCUGUUCUGAGUGUAGGAAAUGUUUCGCAUUUAAAUCAGUUCUUGUUAGACAUCAGAGAAGUCACACAGGUGAGAAGCCGUAUUCCUGUUCUGAGUGUGGGAAAUGUUUCACAUUUAAAUCAGUUCUUGUUAGACAUCAGAGAAGUCACACAGGUGAGAAGCCGUUUUCCUGUUCUGAGUGUGGGAAAUGUUUUGCAUUCAAAUCACAUUUUGAUAUUCAUCAGCAUACUCACACAGGUGAGAAGCCAUUUCCAUGUUCUGAGUGUGGGAAAUGUUUUGCACGGAAAUCAGAUCUUGUUAAACAUCAGAGAAGUCACACAGGUGAGAAGCCAUACUUCUGUUCUGAGUGUGGGAAAUGUUUUACACAGAAAUCAAAUCUUGUUCUACAUCAGAGAAGUCAUACAGGUGAGAGGCCAUUUCUAUGUUCUGUGUGUGGGAAAUGUUUUGCAUACAAAUCAGUUCUUAUUAGACAUCAGAAAAGUCACACAGGUGAGAAGCCAUUUCCAUGUCCUGAGUGUGGGAAAUGUUUUGCACGGAAAUCAGAUCUUCCUAUACAUCACAGAAGUCACACAGAUGAGAAGCCAUUUCCAUGUUCUGAGUGUGGGAAAUGUUUCACACAGAAAUCAGUUCUUGUUACACAUCAGAGAAGUCACACAGGUGAGAAGCCAUUUCCAUGUUCUGAGUGUGGGAAAUGUUUUGCAUACAAAUUAGUUCUUAUUAGACAUCAGAGAAGUCACACAGGUGAGAAACCGUAUUCCUGUUCUGAGUGUGGGAAAUGUUUUUCAUCGAAAUCAGAUCUUGUUAGUCAUCAGAGAAUUCACACAGGUGAGAAGCCAUAUUCCUGUUCUGAGUGUGGUAAAUGUUUCGCACAGAAAUCAGCUCUUGUUUCACAUCAGAGAAGUCACACAGGUGAGAAGCCAUAUUCCUGUUCUGAGUGUGGGAAAUGUUUCGCACAGAAAUCAGCUCUUGUUACACAUCAGACAAGUCACACAGGUGAGAAGCCGUAUUCCUGUUCUGAGUGUGGGAAAUGUUUUGCACAGAAAUCAGCUCUUGUUACACAUCAGACAAGUCACACAGGUGAGAAGCCGUAUUCCUGUUCUGAGUGUGGGAAAUGUUUUGCACAGAAAUCAGCUCUUGUUACACAUCAGACAAGUCACACAGGUGAGAAGCCGUAUUCCUGUUCUGAGUGUGGGAAAUGUUUUAUCCAGAAAUUACAUCUUAUUAAACAUGAGAGAAGUCACACAGGCGAGAAGCCAUUUUCUUGCUAUGAGUGUGGGAAAUGUUUUAUCCAGAAAUCACAUCUUAUUAAACAUGAGAGAAGUCACACAGACGAGAAGCCAUUUUCUUGCUAUGAGUGUGGGAAAUGUUUUACCUGGAAAUCACAAUUUGUUACACAUCAGCGAAGUCACACAGGUGAGAGGCCAUUUCCAUGUUCUGAGUGUGGGAAAUGUUUUAUCCAGAAAUCACAUCUUAUUAAACAUGAGAGAAGUCACACACGCGAGAAGCCAUUUUCUUGCUAUGAGUGUGGGAAAUGUUUUAUCCAGAAAUCACAUCUUAUUAAGCAUGAGAGAAGUCACACAGGCGAGAAGCCAUUUUCUUGCUAUGAGUGUGGGAAAUGUUUUACCUGGAAAUCACAACUUGUUACACAUCAGCGAAGUCACACAGGUGAGAGACCAUUUCCAUGUUCUGAGUGUGGGAAAUGUUUUGCACACAAAUCAGAUCUUAUUAAACAUGAGAGAAGUCACACAGGUGAGAAGCCAUUUUCUUGCUAUGAGUGUGGGAAAUGUUUUACCUGGAAAUCACAACUUGUUACACAUGAGCGAAGUCACACAGGUGAGAAGCCAUUUUCUUGCUCAGAAUGUGGGAAAUGUUUU